CGGAAAUGAAAGUGAAAAUCAGCACGAGCUCAGUGUUCGGGAUUUUGUUCCAAUGUUUGUGUUGUUUUGAGGGUGUUUUUCAGGAUGUCAACAUUAACCCCUCUGUCCAUCUCAAGCGCUACCAGUAGCGAGUCAUCAGACUCUACAUUACGUCAUGAACAUGACAGUGACAAGUCUGAUGAAAGUGAGGACUUGAGGAGCCUGGAGUCAGACUGGGCCUCAUCAGCUCCUACUUCAAAAGAUCAGGAAAUAGAUCCCAUCCAGUUACGUCGACGACAAGCAAAGAGUUUUCAAGUGUAUCUGAACGUUAGUGAACACCAGGACAGGAUCAGCCAUUCACCAGCUGCGUCAUACAUCUCGAUGAAAAGCGACCGGUCGAUGUAUGCUCCGCAUAAGUUCAGACAUGAGCCCGAUGUCACACCAACAAGCCAACGUGAUGAAUUGUCUCCAUGUCUAACACUGGCAUCCUCUCAUUCCAUGGACCCACCUAUUAAAUUUAUUUUAAGUGAUCCCAGGUUACAGACACAGAGCAUGAUGAACAAGAUAUCUCCAAACCUAACACCUGUCAAGUCUGACCAGUCUGUGGUUCCAAGUUUUCCGUUUGAAUACAGAGAUCCCUACACCAGUCAAAUGAUGAGGGAACACUUGAGGUGUACAGAGUGUAAAGAUGUCCUCAAGGAGCCCAUGUCCAUCCCCUGUGGACACAGUUUUUGCAAAAGGUGCAUCCUAAACUAUUGGAUCAGACCAGCCCAGAUAGGAAAUUACUCCUGUCCUCAGUGUAGGAAGAGGUUUACAACUCGUCCUGCACUCAACCUGAAUGUGACUCUGGCUAACGUUGUGCAGACGCAUCAGCGGGCCAAGUUCAGCCCUGCUGUUCCUGUUCAAAACUACGCUGGACCUGGAGACGUGGCCUGUGAUCUCUGCACUAAAAGUAAGAUCAGAGCAGUGAAUACAUGUCUGACCUGCAGUGUGUCUUACUGUGAAGCUCAUGUGAGGACGCACUACACUGUAGAAGCGCUGCAGAAACAUGUCCUGAUGAAGCCAACAAAAGACCUGAAGUUGGGUGGAGUCAACAAGCUAGGCAAAGCUAAUACUUCAGCUGAGGUCACCGUGCCUAAGGAUCUCAUGAGCAACUUAAUGAAGCAGAUGAAGCAGCUCCAAAAUCAUGUGAAUGACAUGGCACUGAAACUGGAGGACAUGCAGAAAAGUAAAACUAAGGAUGAGCCUCCGAGAAAACGCUCCCGUGGACAACUCAGAAAGGGUGAGUUGUACCAGCUG